CCUUUUUUUUUUUUCAAUUCACUAUACCAUUAUUUUUAAUGUGUCUUGCAAUUUGGCUGAUUCCUGUUAUGAGUCUCUUUCACGUUCUUAUCUCUUUGUGACGUGGAUUUCUAUUUCCCUCUCUUUUGUUGCAUAAAGUUCAUAGGUUCCUCUGCAUUAUCAAUUUGUUGUGUGAAAUUCUCAUUAGUUUUUAUGCCAUCCUAUGCUAUCUGAUCUCUAAAUUCUCUCCUUCAUUGCCUCUCUCUCUCUCUCUCUCUCUAAAAAACAAAAAAACCUUUGUUAUCUUAGUCUUCCUCUUAAUGCAUAGAGAGAGAGAGAGAGAGAGAGAGAGAGAGAGAGAGAGAGAGAGAGACUUAUGCCAAUUAUUCAUGUCUUCUUAUUCAUAUCCUGGAUAGCAAGAUGCCAACUAUUCAUGUCUUCUUAUUCAUAUUCCAGAUAGCUUGGCUGUUGUCUGAUCUUUGUAUCCUUAUUCCUUACCAUGGGUUAUCCAUGAUACUUGGGUCCUUCAAAAAAUUGGAGUACACAUGACAGACACUUGGAUGAGGGAUCCCCUUUCCGAUGACAUGAGAUGCAGAGUUAUUAGUUCGAUCUGUGAGAAGUUGCAUGUCGAGGUAACCAACAACGACUGCAAGAAUCAAAUUUGGACAUUGAAGAAAAAUUACUACAUUGUGAAAUUUCCAAUCAAGCAGAGUGGAUUUGGAUGGGACAACAACUGCAAGUGCACUACUGCAAAAUUGAAAGUAUGGGAUGCCUAUAUCGAGGUGUUUAUCUGCCUGAUUCAGAAGGGAAAAGAGUUGCGUCCAUGUAUCAGUUUCAAUUCAACAUGCGUUUGAUUCACACUUGAUGUUCUGAAAAAGAUUGACCAUCAAGAAAGAGGGAAAUAUGGAGUCUUUGCAUAAAGAAAUGUGUUGAGAAACAGCCAAUGUAUAGAAACUUUCAAUGAGAUAGGGAUGAAAUGUCUGUUUGUAGCAUCCUAAUAGAAGACCUGGCUCAAGUCAGGGAUUCAAUUGUGUUCUAUAGUAACCUUUAUUCAGAAGAAGACUUCAAUUGGACAAAGUCACAAAGGCCAAAUGGUCUCCUUUAGAUGUAUUCCCAGGGGGAAAGUGGCAUGGCUUGAAAUAGGUUCGAAGAGUUCAAGAAAGUGGUUUAGGAGAUGGGGAGAUGGAUAGAGACAAGGCUGCAGAUACUGGUAGGUUGCACACGGCAUGAUAUGCCAUAAAUUUCCUUAGGAUAAGAACAUUUCUCUGAUUUGAUUUAGAGAAGUCGCAUUAUAUUAGGAGGGUUGUUUUCCUUUAGUCAUUAGGCUCAACACUGCCACUUGAUUUGGUUUCCUGUUGUCUGUGUAUGGUGGCUUUUCUGGCUAACCUUGCAAUAUUUAUACUUUGUGCAUGACGUUGGAAUCACAUCCUUGAAUAACCACGAAGAGUUGAACUCAAAGAACUCCAUACAUGUAUGAAUCCUAACUUGGACCACCCACCAGUGUUCUAAAAUGCCUACCCUGUUCAGAUUGUCUGUCU